CUACCUAAACGGGGCCCAUUCGCGUAUCUUUCUGGACGAAUAUGUCACCGAUUUGUUGAAGAAGUCCAAUGAGGUUUUACAAAUCUCUCCGACUAAAUAGUACUCAUUACCGUGGAUGUUUUGUUAGAACUAGCUAACGUGGAGGGAGAGCUUUUAUUCUGAAGGUUCAAUCCGGAAGCUCUAUCAUUUUGACUUGACGCAGGUUUGUGUGCAGCCCCUCCUUCAGCUGAGCAGCGUGAGUUGCUCGGAGGUGACGGAGACAGCCAGCUGAUCCUCCCCUGGUGCAGAGGCAGAGGAGCGGGGACCACGCACCGCCUCCGCCCGCAGACACCGUCACGGGCCGGGGAUGGCGUCGCUCGGCGUGGGGCUGCAUCUCGUCCGCAAGCGGGGAUCAGGCAGGAGCUCCGCGGUGGAGAGGAGGAAUCUGCUCACGGUGUGCAGGUUUUCAGUGAAGACUUUGCUGGACCGCUCCUGUUUUGAUACGAUAGACGACACAUCUCCAGAGUUCGUUAACUUUGUUUCCAUCCUGGAGCACAUCCUCAGUCACCGACUCAAAGGUCAGACAACUUGGUUCGGCUACGAGAGUCCUCGCAGUUUCUGGGAUUACAUCAAAUCCGCCUGCAGCAAAGUCCCUCAUAAUUGCAUCCGAAGCAUCGAGAGUAUGGAGAAUGUGCGAUCAUCGAGAGCUAAAGGCAGGGCGUGGAUCAGAGUGGUCCUGAUGGAGAAAAGAUUAUCAGAAUACAUCUCAUCUGCACUGAGGGACUUCAAAACCACCAGGAGGUUUUACGAAGACGGAGCGAUCAUGCUGGGAGAGGAGGCGGGGCUGCUGGCAGACACACUCAUCGGACUCAACACCAUUGACUUGAGCUUCUGUCUGAAAGGAGAGGGUCUGGACGGCAGCUGCCCCGCGGUGAUCGACUACACGCCGUACCUGAAGUUCACUCAGAAUGCAGAGAGCAUCAGCAGUGACGAGGAGGAGAUGAGGACUCUGGGGAGCAGCGGCAGCGAGAGCAGCACCCCCGACAAAACGGCCACCGCCGCCUCCAUCUUCACUGAGCAGAGCAACUUGGUCAGCAAGUGCAAACGCUUUGAGCAGAAGUACCGAACAUCACUGGAGCAGAAGGGUUACCUGGAAGAGCUGGUGCGUCUCCGAGAAGCCCCGUCGAAGGCCGUGUCUCAUAACAAAGCUCUUCAGCAGAGCCUAGCAGACACACACCUCACACACAAUCUGGAAAAAGAGCAGCUUGAGUACAUCAUACUGGAACUACAGAACCAACUGACGGUGCUGAAAAACAAUGAUUUGCGGUCCAGACAAGAGCUGACAGCCCACCUGACCAAUCAGUGGCCAUCACCUGUCGCCUUGGAUACCAACGCUGUCGCCUUGGACACGCUGCUGUACAGGAAGAGCACGGGACAGUGGGAGGAGAAGAGUUUCCAGAGUCUGGAGCAGCUGUCUGCAGACAUGAGUCUCUCUCAGAUGUCUCUUGACCCGUCCCACACUCUGAGUCUGGAGGCCAGUAUUGAUUAUGUGUAUCUUGUGAACCAGGUAAAGAGGAAAACCCCGUCUCUAAGAGGUCUGUGCGGCUCCCUGACGUCGGUUGCGAGCUACAAGUCUCUGGCCAGCCUGAAGUCCAGCGAGUGUUUGGCAAGUCCUGCGACGGAGAUCAGCAGCCCAGGCUUCACUCCGUCAUAAUGAACGGAGAGAUAAACACAAACACAUCUCUAGACAAUCCAGGAACUCUCUUCAUUUAGGUCAUGUAGAUUUGUAGACAUUUAUUUUCUGUAAGUGGAGCUGAGCGCUUUAAUAGAAAGAAAUCAGGUUUGCAAGUGGAGAAUCUGGUGUAGCAUGUUCUCUGAAUUGUGUUAAAAAUGAAGUGCAGUUCCGUCGGACUCAUUAAAGUCUUUAAUAUUAACGUACUAUCCAGCGGAAAUACCCUCUGACUCUUAUUAGAGGAUCUGCUUGCCGUUACUUCAUCGAUCGUGUUUGAAUUAUUUUG